AUGGGGGAGGAGUUCUUGGUACGAGCCGCCAACACCACCUCCUUCGACUGGCAGUCCACGCACCCCCACUUCGGCUCCGCGGUGCACGCCAUCCUCUUCGGCCGCAUCGACGAUGGCCAGGAGUCCGCGGAGGAGGAUAUCUACCACUACUCCGACAUCGUGCUGGCCACCGAAGUCAGCACCAAGCAGCGCCUGAACUUGCUGAAGUUCUCCCUCGAGAACGGCGCCUCGCCAGACAUUGUGGCGCCGGAGAGUUGCAUUCGGUGCCUGAGCUGGCGAUGGUUCGAGAAAGACGAGUGGACCGAGGAUGUCAUCCCAGCGGGCAAAAGCGGCGUGGAGACCUUGCUGGCGGUAAAGCGGGCGCUGCUGAAGUCUGAAAGCACCACGCCCAAAGCCGCGGUGCAUAAGAAGAUCCAGGAUGUGGAUAAGGCCCUGGUGACGCUCUUCUCCUCAGACCAGCGGCUCGAGAGCCCCAAGGCCACGGUGCCCGAGGAGCUCCUAGAAAUGUGGGCCAGACUGCUGGCGGACUCCUCCACUGCGGACUUGCGGAUUUGCAUCUCCGGCUCCACAGGGGAGGUCUCCGAGCUGAACGCGCACAGCGUUGUGCUGCGGGCGGCCUCGCCGGUCUUGAAUGCCAUGCUCUCAGGAUGCAUGCAGGAAGCCAGCGGCCGAGUGUCCGUGGAGAAUGUGAGCCUAGCAGCUGCCAAAGUGCUUCUCUCGCUCAUGUACACAGGUAGUUUGCCUUUGGACCUGGACGCCCAGUCCACCGUCGUCCUGGAGGCCAUGUGCCUGGCCCAUCGCUGGCAGGUGCAGUAUGUGGUGCACAUCUUGGUCUCCGCGGCGGAGAAGGCGCUGACGCCGGAGACCUUCGAGCCCACCGCGGACUGCGCCAUCCGGCUGCAGCUGCCAGAGCUCCUGGCCAUCUGCCGCUCCUUCGCCAACGCCCGAAAGCGUGCUUCAGCUGCAGUCCCGCCGGGCGGCAAGCCCCAGAGCAAGCGGCGGCGGAUCUUUUUCUGA